AUGCGCGCCUCCGUCCCCGCCGUGGCAACGCCCGCGCACGCGCCGGGGAGCGGAACAGCGGGCAGCGUGCAGGGCCAGCUCGACUACGGCGUCGCCAUCGCCGUCGGGGUCCUCGUGGUCGUCUCCACCGUCAUGCUCGCCUCCUACAUCUGCUUCCGCGCCAAGGCCCGCGCCGCCGAGUCGCUUCAUCGACUCGUCGACGCCGACGCCCACCACCACCAGUCUGCCGCCGUUGUAGUGCUUGCGGGCCUCGACGACCCCACCAUCGACGUGCUCUACCCCAAGUUCUUCCUGCGCGCUGGCUCGCGUGACGGCAAAUCUGGCGGGACGGUGGCAGACGGGCCGUGCGCCAUCUGCCUCGGGGAGUUCGAUGACGUCGCGGCGCUCCGCCGCGGGUCCCGGUGCGCGCACUGCUUCCACGCGGGGUGCGCCACUUGCCCUGUGUGCCGCGACUCGCCCAUGCCAUCGCCGGACGCCACAGCCCUCGCCGCGCACGCUCGGAGUCGGUGACACAUGCGUGGCGAUGGCCGACUCCGUCGUGUGGGAUCCAAUCAAGCCAAUCCGACGGUCUGCUCAUGUGUUUUGCGCCAUGCGUAGUAAUAUCCGAGAAGGCAGAAGCAUUGGAAGCAGAUGAUUUUUCCGUGUAAUUUACUCUGCUUCGUUGGACGAGUGAUCGAUCUAGCAAGGACAUUAUAUGGGGA